AUGAAAGGGCUAUUGUUCAAAUCGAAGCCUCGGAGGAAGUCGCCGGAGGAGCUCGUGCGUCAUGUACGAGACCUCCUCAUCUCCGUUCAUCGCAACACCGAGACCCGCGAAAGAAAACGUCAAGAAAAGCUGUCUGAAUUGGCUAAACUGAUCAUGGAGAUGAAGACGGUUCUUUAUGGCGUUGAUCACUCAGAACCCGUUUCGGAAGCUUGUGCGAGAUUGACCCAGGAGUUCUUUAAAGACGAUACGUUUCGCCUUCUUGUCUUUUGUCUUACUAAAUUGGACCUGGGGACUCGUCAGGAUGCAGUUCACGUGCUUGCGAAUUUGCAAAAGCAGCAGAUUAAAUCAAGAGCAACAUUGAUUGCCUCUGAUUAUUUGGAACAAAAUUUAGAUCUUUUGGACACUUUGGUGAAAGGUUAUGAAGACCCUGAUCUUGCUCUGUGCUAUGGAACAAUUUUGAGAGACUGCAUUCGUCAUCAAGUCGUUGCAAAGUAUAUACUGGAUUCACAGCACACGAGGAAGUUGUUUGAUUAUAUACAAGAACCAAAUUUUGGCAUAGCAUCAGAUGCAGCAGCAACCUUUAAAGAGCUAUUGACAAGGCAUAGAUCAACUGUUGCUGAGUUUCUUUCAAGAAAUUAUGACUGGUUUUUUGGGGAGUACAAUUCGAAGUUGAUGGGUUCUUCUAAUUACAUCACUAGAUGGCAUGCUGCCAAGUUGUUAGUGCAGUUGUUGAUAAAUAGUGCAAAUUGGUCAGUGAUGGUGAGAUAUGUAAGCUCAUUGGAAAACAUGAAGAUGGUGAUGAAUUUGCUCAGGGAGUCGAGCAAGAACAUCCGGUUAGAAGCAUUUAAUCUGUUUAAGCUUUUUGCUUCUAAUCCAAAUAAGCCUCCUGAGAUAGUCAAUGUCCUUGUCGCAAAUAGAACCAAGCUCCUCCAAUUCUUUGGUGACUUCAGGUUUGAUAAAGAGGACGAGCAGUUCAUAGCAGACAAAGCUAGCGUUGUGGAAGCAAUAUCUACUCUGGAAUCGUUAAAUCGUCCCUAUGGUGCUUUACACAACUGUAAAAACAUCAAUAGGCUAUGCCUUGUAUAA